AUGCACUUCAUCAAGACUAUUGCUGCAGCUUUUGCUCUGGCAGUGACUGUAUCAGCAGUGCCGCUACAGAAGAAAGACGGUGCAGCAGUCGGCGACCCAAACAACGACCUCCUCACAAACGUCAAAGGAGGAAUCCAAGGCUUCGAAGACUUCCUAGACAUCCCUAGCGGCGACGGUGCCAGUGCAAAAGCCAAGCGUGCUGAAGAUAUCCCAGAUGCUGCCAGUGAGUUUCUCAUCCAAAACAAACCGUUCUAUGAAAGGACGCUGCUCAUACAAAGACCAGACCCAGUAGUUGAUUUGGCAACAAAUGUUGAAGGUGGCAUCGAGGGAUUCGCUGAUUUCCUUGGUGCUGGAAGCGAUGAAUGA